AUGAGUAAGAUAAAUAAUAAUUACAGAAUAAUUACAUUUUUAAUUGUAAAACAUUUUUCAUAUGAUGCCAAUGGAAUUAGAAUAAACAUAAACAGCGCAAACAAAAAAAGUUAUAAUAACUCAGUGAUUACGUCAAAAUAUACAAUUUUUAAUUUUCUCUUUCUAAAUGCAUAUGAGCAAUUUCAUAAGAUAUCAAAUGUGUACUUCUUUAUUAUUGGUAUUCUACAACUAGUUCCACAGUUCACGGCAACUAAUAGAUUACCUACCAUUUUAUUUCCCUUGUCGAUUGUUUUAAUUUGUAAUGCUUUUAAAGAUGCAUAUGAAGAUUGGAAUAGACACAAAACUGAUAAGAUCGAAAACAAUCGGAUGUGUUAUGUUGUGUUAGAUGAAGCCAAAAUUGAACAAGUUAAUGACAGUAGUGGUAAAAAUAUUUUUAGAAAAAUAAAAAAUUUUUUUUUUAGAAAACCCAAAGUAGCUAGUGCUGAAAAUUUUUUUGAUUAUGAUGACAAUUUUGUUGAUGAAAUAACGGAUGUAUGUGUAUUUAUGAACAAUUUUGAAGAUUCUUUGGAGCAUAUAGAUGGUACUACUAAGAAGAGAUGGAAGGAUAUAAAUUCAGGUGAUAUUAUUUUAUGUAAAAGGUCUGAAUUUUUUUGUGCCGAUAUAUUAUUACUAAGUACUAGUGACAAGAAUGGAAUAGCUUUUGUAGAGACAGCAAGUUUAGAUGGAGAAACAAAUCUAAAAGUAAAGGAAGCUAAUAGCUUUAUAUUUAAUAUAUUAAGUUCUAAUAGAAGUCAAGCAAUUGAAAAAGUGAAAGAGUUAAAAGGUUUUAUAAUAAGCGAAAAACCAAAUAAAGAUUUAACAACUAUGUAUGGUACCAUAUUUUUUGAAAAAGAUAAACAAACAGAUACAUCAUCAAAUAAUGAUUUAGCAGAAUUACUAAGACAAACAACAGAACAAAUAGAAUAUCGUAAAAGGAGAUUAUCAAGUGCAGAUUUAAGUAAAAAAAGUAGCAACAAAGGUAACAGGAUUGAUGAUUGGGGUGAUGAACUCAGUAUUGAUAAGGAAGAUAAAUAUAUAAGAAUACCUUUUGAUGAGAAACAUUUUGUAUUAAGAGGUUGUAAAUUGAAAAAUACAGAUUGGAUAAUUGGCAUAGUUAUAUAUAUAGGUAAAGAAACGAAAAUACAAAUGAAUUCUAGUAAACCAAUUAUAAAAACAAGUAAACUAGAAAUAUUAACAAAUAAAAUGACAGUCAUAAUUUGGCUUAUUCAAAUGAUUAUUUGUUUAAUAUCUGCAUAUUACAAUGCUUUAAUUGUUAGUUCAUCAAAAAAAAGUAAGUACAAAUAUUUACCUUUUACUUUAGAAGAAUCCAAAAAACCAUUCAUAGUUGGUACCAUUUCUUUUUUCUCGUGGGUUGUUAUAACUGCAAAUUUUAUUCCUAUAUGUUUAAUUGUUACUAUGAGUUUUGUUAAGGUUAUUCAAGCGUAUUUCAUAUCAUGUGACACUAAUAUGUUUCAUAAAAUUCAGGCAGAUCCCCCUACGUUUUCAGAGCAGAAAGAUGUUGCAAAUAUGAACGCUGGAGAUUCGUUUGAGUUGGGCAUCAAAGAUAAUAAUAAUAAUAAUAAUAAUAGCAGCAACUGUAAUAAUAGCAGCAACUGUAAUAAUAGCAGCAACUGUAAUAAUAGCAGCAACUGUAAUAACAAUAGCAACUGUAAUAACAAUAGCAACUGUAAUAACAAUAGCAGUAGUAAUAAUAAUAGUAAUAAUAACAGACAAACUAACAGCAAUAUGAACAGCAGCAUUAACAAACUACCUUCUGAGGUAUCGAACAUUUCCCGUGAUAAGUUGGAAGAACAUAAAAAAGGCGGAAAUAAUUUUCCAUCGAACACGAAUAAGGAAACUUCGAGUAAUACUGGCACAAAUAUCACAAAAAGGCAGUUAUCAAGAGUUAUGACAUUUAAAGAUUAUAAGGAAAAAAAUUGCAUUUAUUUUAAUGCGGUGCCAAGAACAUCAAGUUUAAUUGAAGAAUUGGGUCAAAUAGAAUAUAUUUUUUCUGAUAAAACAGGAACAUUAACAUGUAAUAUAAUGGAAUUUAGAAAAUGUGCAGUUAAUGGUAUAUCAUACGGAAAUGGAUUAACAGAAAUAAAAAGAAAUAUUAUGAAAAAAAAAAAUAUGGAGAUUCCAGAUGAACCUGUUGCAACAUCGAAUAUAAAAACCCCCAAUGUAAACAUAGUAGAUGAGGAUUUAGAAAAUCAUCUGAAGGAUGUAAAUCAUUUUAAUCAUGCAUCUUUAAUUAGUUUUUUUCUUCAUUUAGCUAUUAAUCAUGCAGUUAUAUGCGAUAAUAACAGUGAUAUGGUUAGUACCUAUUCUUCCAGUAGCCCAGAUGAAGAAGCAUUAGUAUAUGCAGCUAAGCAUUUUGGAAUUACUUUCUUAUGUAGAAAGGAUGGAAAAUAUAGAAUAAAUAUUUUUGGAAAAGUAUAUGAGAUUGAGACACUAGCAUCUAUUGAAUUUACAAGUAAAAGAAAAAUGAGUAGUGUUAUUUGUAGAAUACCAGUUAUUAACAGUUCUUCUAAUGAUGAUUUUACAAAAGAAGCUAAGAACAAAGCGCGUAACUUCGAUAAGAUAGAUGGAAGUGAAAAAGAAAAUUAUUAUAAGGAAGAACAGAAUAAAAAUGAAAAUAUGGAAAAUGCCUCGAAUGAUAGAAGUUCGUUAGGAAAAAAGGAGCUAAUUUUGUCCUCCAAGUGGAGAGAAGAUAUUACAGAUGUUCAAAUCGGUAACAAUAGCAUAAACAACAACGGAAAGAAUAGUAGUAAUAAUAAUAAUAAUAAUAAUAAUAGCAAUGUCAAUAUAAACAGCAGUGGUAAUGACAGAUGUAAAGAUAAGGACAAUAAAGAGGUAUUCAGCUGCAAGAACUGUAAGAAAUCAAAGAUAAUGCUAUUUUGUAAGGGAGCUGGAAGUGUUAUAUUAAAAAAAUUAGCAAACAAGACGGAUGUAGAUGAAAUGACUAUUGAACAUAUGGAAACAUAUGCUGACGAAGGAUUAAGAACGUUAUGUAUAGCACAAAGAGAAUUAAGUGAAGAAACCUUUGCAGAGUGGUAUAAAUUAUAUAAAGAAGCAAUGGUAAGUGUAAAAGAUAGAGAUGAAAAUUUAGAAAAUGUAGCUGAUCAUAUUGAAAAUAACCUAAUAUUGCAGGGAGUUACAGGUAUAGAAGAUAAAUUACAAGAGGGGGUUAGUUCAACUAUUGAAGAUUUGAGAUUAGCUGGAAUUCAUAUAUGGAUGUUAACAGGUGAUAAAAUUGAAACAGCAAUGAAUAUUGGAAUUGCUGCAAAUGUGAUAGAUAAUUACUCAGAUCAAUUUAUAUACACAGAAGACUUAAUUACUUGUGAAGAUGAAUUAAUGGAAAAAUUAGAUGAGGAUAUUUUAAAUAUAGAAAAAACAUUAAACAUACCCCAUUAUGAUUUUACCAAUAAAAUAAAUGAAAAAAAAAAAGGGUUCUUUAAAAGUUGUUUUUCCUUUAAAGAAGAAAAUACUUUAUCAUUAAGUCCAGAUGAAUAUAAGAUGUUAAUAAGCACAUAUAAUCAUGUGUUAGUUGUUGAUGGUACGGUAUUAGAUAUAUUAUUAAGUGAAAAAUUUGAAAGAAAGUUUUUUUAUCUAGCUGAUAAGUGUUCUUCUGUUAUAUGUGCUAGAGUUAGUCCGUAUCAAAAAGGAGCUAUCGUAUCUUCGGCAAAUAGAUUAUUAAAUAAAAUUACAUUAGCAAUAGGGGAUGGAGCAAACGAUCGUAAUAUGAUUAAUAGGGCAAAUAUAGGAAUAGGCAUUAGAGGACAAGAAGGAGUUCAAGCAUUCAAUUCUUCUGAUUAUGGUAUAAGUCAAUUUCGUUUUUUAAAAAAUUUAUUAUUAGUACAUGGUAGAUUGUCAUACAGGAGAAUAAGUAAAUUGGUGGUUUAUAUGUUUUAUAAAAAUAUUGUUUUAGUGUUUCCAUUGUUUAUUUUUGGUUCUCUGUCUUUAUAUUCAGGUCAAAAAAUUUACUAUGAAUUUUUACUGCAUUUACAUAAUAUAAUUUUUACUUCUGUACCCGUCAUAAUACAUGCAAUAUUAGACAAGGAUGUUAGUUUAAAUACAGCAUUGGUGACACCAAGUUUGUAUAAAUUAGGUAUAUAUCAUUAUUAUUUUAAUAUAAGUACUUUUGUUUCUUGGGUUAUUAAUAGCCUUUUUCAUGGAUUAGUUGUUUUUAUGAUUCCUUUGUAUUUUUUAUCCUACUAUAAUAUCCCAAAUUCCGAUGGCACACCUUAUGAUAUGUGGACAGUUGGCUGUGUGACAUAUUUCUUAACAGUUUUAGUUGUCAAUUUAAAAAUUUUGCUAGAAACAUAUUAUUUAAAUGUACUUCAAAUUACUGCAGUUUUUAUGAGUAUAUUUGCAUUUAUUAUUUUGUCAGUUGCUUGUUCCUUCAUGUGCUUCGGAAGCAAUCAUUUCUUAGGAACUGCCAUAAUAUUAGCCCAAUCACUCCGUUUUUGGCUAGUUGUUUUGUUAGGUCUAUUUACAGCUUUAUCAAGAGAUUACAUAUACAAAGUUAUCAAAAGAAAUUUCAACCCGGAGGUUUAUCAUAUCCUCGUUGACCAAGAAGAUGAAAAAAAAGGACCUAAUAUUAUUGAGCAAAUUAGUGAUGACAAUAAUCAAAUAGAGGAAAAAAUUGUCAUUGAAAAAUCCAAAUCACUGGGAUAUGCAUUCAGUGAAGCAGACCCGGCAUGCAUAAAGUUGAUUAGAAAGCAUGAUAAAAUGCUUUAA